CGUCAUUCGGCUGUGUCAAUAAAGUUGCAGCGCUUUGUAGUUUGCAACGGACAACAUGGCGGCCUCUGUACUGGGCUCGGUGCUGCGGACGUUCAAGCAGAUCCUUGAGAAAUCGCCACACUGUCUUCCACAAUGGUUGAACUAAUUUACACUCCCACCAACAGUGUAAAAUUGUUCCUAUUUCUCAACAUCUUCACCAGCAUCUGUUGUCUCCUGAUUUUUUAAUGAUCGCCAUUCUAUCUGGCAUGAGGUGGUAUCUCAAUAUGGUUCCUUCAUCAGCUUCAGGCCAAGUUCGAGGUUACUAUGUAGACUGGAGAAUGUGGCGUGAUGUGAAGAGACGAAAAAUGGCCUAUGAAUACGCAGAUGAGAGACUACGUGUUAAUUCACUCAGGAAGAAUACCAUUUUGCCAAAACUUCUACAGGACGUAGCUGAUGAAGAAAUUGCUGCCUUCCCCCGGGAUAGCUGUCCCGUUAGAAUCAGAAAUCGGUGUGUUAUGACGUCCCGUCCGCGUGGUGUGAAGCGGCGCUGGAGGCUUAGUCGUAUCGUCUUCCGUCACUUAGCAGACCAUGGACAACUUUCUGGGGUCCAGCGAGCGAUGUGGUAAAUGAGCUCCAGAACCUACUGAACUUGCAGGAGAAAAGACGUAUUUAAUAGACCCAACCCUGAUCUUGACAUGGGCCCAGUAUGGUAGUUUAGUCUACCUGAUGCUAUCCAUAAACUACUUUUAAAAUGAAGGAAUUUGGGUGUUUCAUGUCAGUGAAUUAUCUUUUCUCUUGGACUUAAUAAACAUACUGUUCCCAUACAUAGUGCAAA